GGCCAUGGCUCACGGGCCUAGCCGCUCCACAGCAUGUGGGAUCUUCCCGGACCGGGGCACGAACCCGUGUCCCCUGCAUCGGCAGGUGGACCCUCAACCACUGCGCCACCAGGGAAGCCCUAAACUACCUGUUUUAACAGUAGUGCAUUAAAAAAAAAAUAGCUUGCUUUAAUUAAUCUGUUGGGGGGAAACAAAGUGAACCACUUUGCCAUUGAAAUACUUGAAUACUCAAUAUGGGCAAGUAAUAAUUACCAUUGAGGGCCAGGUGCUUUAUUAUGUCAGUUAAUCUUUACAAACUGUUACUUCCAUUUUUCAGAGGUGGAAGCUGAAGUCCAAAGUCACUGUCCAGACUCUGGCCAUUCUGUGUCUUUGUUUGUUCCGCUCUACCUCCCUUAUUUAGCCAAAGUGAAGAUGAGUGUACCCAGCUUCUACCAUAACAGGUUACAAAUCACCUUUGUAAUGUACUGGUUAGUGAUUCUCAGUGACUCACAUGACCCCCCCCCCCAAUGAAGGGUCAGUCUUUUUCUUCUAGAAAAGAGGUCUUUGUUCCUAAGUUGUAGUUCACUUUGAGAGCCCUGCGGAGUCACAUGAACAAAAUGUUCAGAUACUGGGUAACUCCUCUCUGGUUUUGAAGUUUUACAAUCAUGUAAAUAUUUACAGCCUCAAGGAUAUUACUUUGGGCAGGAUCCGUACAUCUACUUUUCCCCAUUUCUACUGCCACUGUCAGAUGGCCUCAUACUUGGUCUCCCUCUUCUCACUGUGACCAUCUCCAAUUUAUCGUGCCUCAGCAGCUAGAGUGGUCCCCAAGAACACAGAUAUUUAUCAUGUGACUCUCACCACUCCUUCUGCCCCUAACCUCCCCUUUUGUUCUUAGGAUCAAAUCCACAGUCCUCACCCUGGCCUGUAAGGGGCCUACCCACCCCUCUGGCCUCAAUGUGCUCCAUCUCUGUCUGUGUUCAUUGUUGCAUCUUUAGCACAGGGCCUGGAACACAGUAGGUAGUCAAUAAAUGCUUGUUGAAUGGAUGAAUUGGUAUUUUAGUGUCUGAGUUUGAGGAAAGCAAUAUACAUUUUUUUAUGCUGAAGUAUCCUCAUAUCCAUCAGUAUCUCAGUCAUGUGACCCUUAGGCAAGUGAUUUAUUUUCCCCAAGCCUCGAUUUCUACAUCUGUGAAAUAGAAUAGUACCUUCUCAUAAAUGGUUGGGAAGGUUAAAUUAAAUAAUGCAUUAUUGUACGGCCUGACACAGUAAACAUUCAGUAAGUGCAAGCUAUUAGUAUCAUUGCUGUUGGAUUCUAUUUCUAUGAGACCCUGGGCAACAUUAAGAGUUUUUAUUUCUGUGACUGGGUAUAUGUAUUUGUUAUGCACAUAUGAACACCUCAUGUACAGACAAAACAAAGUGUUUUGAAACUUUACUGAAGGAUUUGAACUAAAUUUUCUAGCUACUAGAGCUGCAGAGUUGAGAGAAAUGGGUGCUAGACUUGUAUUUUAAUGUAUCCCCUGCAUUUUGUGGGCAAUGAUGGAGAAAGCUAUAGCCCUGAGUAGGUGUGUGUAGUGGGGGCGAGGGAGUUAAAAUAGUAUGAGAAAUAGACAAGCUGAUCUGAGCAUCUGCUUCCUGCCUCCAGACCAUGAUUCCCAUGAUAGUUUGGCAACAAACUACAAACCUUCUCUGCCCUGCAGAGGUAACAGACACUGUUUCAGAUGGCUCAACCUGGGUGUCAGAGUGUCACUUUAGAAUCCUAACUCUGCAUAGUCUCUUGGGUAUUCAAGUGGGCAGACUAGCCUACUCCACUGGAGUCAGUGGUUGGAUGGGUAUGGCAGGGGUUCCCCAGCCCUGCUCUGAAGGAUUCUAAAGCACGAGCUGAUUUGGGAGGUGUUGUCCUGAGCAGUGUCUUGCCAUUUAAUCCACUGUCUUAUCCCUUCUAAGGGGAGGCAGCUACUUAAAGUGACAGCCAUUUGUUUAUCUGUGGAUGUCAAAGGUGCCCUGGGUACGUUAUGGAAUUCAUAGUUCUUAGUUUUUAUCCACGAGGAUGCUGAGGCCUAGUCUGGGUAAGGGAGUUGGCUAUGGUCACAAAGCAUCUCUGGGGCAGAUGCAGGGAGAGAUACCCAAUCUUUGCCUCUCAGGCCAUAACCCAAGGCUAGAUGCCCCGAGGUCUCUUGUUUGCAUUAUGACUUUGAACAAAUACAGGGACUCUUUUGGCCAUGGGCCCUCAAACCCUAAUGGCUACAGCACAGUGGUUCAGGGCAGUAAGGUAUACUGGAACCCCUGCCUCUCAGGACAUUUCCUCGGGGACAGGAGACUUGGGUGACUUGCUAAACCCUCUGCAACACCAUUUGCUCCUGUAUGUUUAUUUCCUCACCUGUAACCUGGAAGUUAGUGGCCAGGAGUGUAGGCUCUGGUCUGUUGGCCUGGUAAUCUAUUUCUAGUUCUGAGAACUUGGCCAAGUUCCUCACUUCUCCGAGGUUGUUUUCCCUGUCUGUGGAAGAGAAAAUAAUGGUGUCUACCUUCAAAGGGCUGUUGUGAGGUCUGAAUGGCAUAAGGUAUGCAAGAGAAGCACCCAGCAAACAUACCGUUAUAAUUCCUGGCUCUAUUUCCCCAGGGUCCGGACCGGUCAGGUGCAGACCGCCUGGGUUUGACACCUAACCUGAUCGCUUUCUAGUUCUGUGGCUUUGGACAACCCUCUGCACCUCCUUGGAAGCUCAGUAUCCUCAUCAUAAACGGGUUAGCCACAGGACCUGGCCCCCAGGGGCUUGCCGGGAAGGUUAAAUGCCCAGGAAAACACUCCAUGAGCACAGGCUCGGGCACACAAGAGGGCUCUCGCCUGUCGCGUUCACCGCUGCCGACUGCGCCUGGCACGGACGGGUCUCCCGAAAUAGCCGUUGAGCCAGCGAGAGUAGGAGCCUGGCCGGCCGAGAGCCCGGGCUGUCAUUAUCAUGUUUCACACCCCUUCCUCCCCGAGUGGCUGAGGACGCGCGAGAGGGGGCGCGCCCGAGUCGGGAUUCCUCGCGGCCGCGGGGCCCGCCCUCCUUCGUUCCCUCCCCUUCUCCCUCCCUCGCUCCGGAGGAGCCUCGCAGCGCCGCCCCUGCCAGCCCCCUCCCCGGCCGGGAGCGGACGGUGGGUGGUGGCAGCGGCGAGCGGGCGGGCCGCGGAGGACGCGCCGCCAGCGCCUUCCUCCUUGCGUCCUCGGUCCCGGGCCGGCCGGGGCUGCCGCGGCGCGCGGGUGCCGGGCUCUGCCUCGCAGGCCAUGGGGGAAGGGGGCGCCGUGGGGCGCCGCCGGCCCUUCCCCGGGGCGCCGCGGCGGCGCUGGUGGCGGCGGCAGCAGCAGCAGCAGCGGCAGCGGCAGCGCUGGUGGCCGGGCCGCGGCGGCGGCGGCGGCGGCGGCGGCGAGGGCGAGGGCGCGGGGCGCGCCGCCAUGGGCCUGGCCGGGCUGCAGGAAGAUGUCCAAGCCCCGCGCGGUGGAGGCGGCGGCGGCGGCGGCGGCGGUGGCAGCGACGGCCCCGGGCCCGGAGAUGGUGGAGCGGAGGGGCCCGGGGAGGCCCCGCACCAACGGGGAGAAUGUAUUUACCGGGCAAUCAAAGAUCUAUACCUACAUGAGCCCGAACAAAUGCUCUGGAAUGCGUUCCCCCCUUCAGGAAGAGAACUCAGUUGCACAUCACGAAGUCAAAUGCCAGGGGAAGCCGUUAGCCGGAAUCUACAGGAAACGCGACGCUAGAAAAAGAAAAAAAAGACGCAGAAGACCAAAAGCUGCACCCAGUGUCUGGGUCAAAAAGUAAAGCCAGACGCUUUGCCCAAGAUACUG